AUGGACAACAAUACAUUUGGCAUCAAUGCCGAUUCGCCACUGGCUAUCCGAAGUAAUCGGGGUUGUUGGACUUGUCGAAUUCGGAAAAAGAAAUGUGAUGAAGUACAACCCGGUUGCUUGAGAUGUGCAAAUGUCAAUGUAGAGUGUCAGUAUGGACCCAAACCAAGAUGGAUUGAUGAUCCUAAAGUUGGGAAGGAAGAGCUGGAGAGGAUUAAGGCGGUUGUUGCUGCGUCCGCAAGUAAAAAGAGAGCGGCUUUUCGUGCGAGGAUAAGACCAAUCUCUAUAUCAUCGUCGCCCAGAUCGUCGAAAUCUCCUAGUGCGACGAACACUCCCAAGAGAGUAAGCAAUCUACCAUGCACUGGUACCGGUAUUGACAGUGUUGUCUCAAUAUCUUCUUGCAUGGAAUUGGACCAUGAUAAAACCAUCGAACCUCAAUCUCCUAGUACGACGAAAACUCCCAGGAGAGUAAGUCAUCUAUCAUGUACUGGUAUUGACAAUGUUGUUUCAAUAUCUUCUCGUAUGGAAAUGGACCAUGAUAAAAGCAUCGAACCUCAAUCUCCAUUAUUUCCAAAAUGGAUUGAGGAUCAAGAAGCAAGUUUGAUGAUGCAUUACCUGGAUCAUGUGUUCUUUAUACAAUUUCGUUUUCAUAUCCCAUCAUUAUCGUCUGGAAGAGGAUGGCUUCUAUCAUUGUUGACCAGGACGAAACCUCUAUACCAUGCAGCUCUAAGUUUGAGUGCUUUCCAUCGUCAAUCUCUUCUUUUAGAACAGGAAGGUGGUCAAGCCGAGAUAGAUUAUCUUCAUGAAUUACAACAUCAUCAUAAUUUGACUUUGAAGGAAUUGCAAAACUUCAUUCAAACUCACAACAGGAAUGCAUCUGAGCAAGGAGUAUUUGAUGGGAAUAUCCAGAUCCUUGCUUGCAUGUGUCAAUUAAUUUCAUUCGAGCUAUUCAAUGGAGGUGUGAGUAAUUGGCAAGUUCACUUACGAGCUGCAUCAGAGCUUAUAUUGGUACUCCAUGAAGUGUCAAAUGGUAGUAUUCCGGGACCGGAAACACUGUUAAACUCUUCUCAAUGUUUCAACUAUCCUUAUGUCAAUUCUCCUGAGUCUAUUACUAGUACCAGUGGUGUUUCUCGUGAUAGUGCAGCUUUAGAUUUCUUCACUGGUGCUAUUAUUUGGAUGGACGCUUUAGCCUGUGUAUCUACAGGAUCUCAUCCAUGGCUAUCCGAAUUUCAUAAUCGACUCCUUUCAGCUAAAAAGCCAGGUUCGUCAAAAUCUGAUCAUAAAAUUCAAUUGACAUCGAUUAUGGGAUGUGAAAAUUGGGUAAUGAUAAUGAUCAGCGAGAUUGCAUGGCUAGGAACAUGGAGAAGAAAGCAUGAACAAGAUGGUACCAUGGGUUUCGAACAACAGUUAGUUGUGACGGAACAGAAUAUACGAAAUCGACUCGAGUCCAAAAAUGCCGAAACCUUGAACGAACUCACAGCUCUACGGGCAAUUCAUCGAGGCACCCCACCAUAUUAUUAUACCGAUCUCUACAACAAACAUACGAUUUAUGUCGUCACACAUAUAUUUGCCUGCGCCGCCCUCAUCUAUCUUCAAAUGGUCGUCACUGAUCACGUAUUACCAGAAGAUGUAGACAUGCUACUUCACCACACGAUCAAUGCCAUGCGCAUGAUCCCCAAUCCCCAAAUGUUUCGAGGCAUGGUAUGGCCUUUAUCGGUCGCCGGCUGUCUAGCAAGCUCAAGACAAGAUCAAGAAUUCUUCAGGGAGACGUCAAGAGGUGCAGUGACCGACUCCCGCUCCUUUGGAAAUUCGGGGAGUGCGUUGAAGAUUUUGGAGAAGUCGUGGGAACUUCAGGAGAGAGAUGGGAGGUUGGUGGAUUGUACGGAGACGAUUGGGGAGUUGGGGAGUUGUAUACUUUUGGUUUGA